ACUAUAACCAUCAAAAAUAAAAUCUAUAGUCAUUAAUGGAAGCCAAGAAAAACAACAUUAGUGUACUUAUGUUACCAUGGCUAGCUCAUGGUCACAUAAGUCCAUUUCUAGAGCUAGCAAAAAAACUCACAAAUAGAAAUUUUCACAUUUACAUGUGUUCCACUCCAAUAAACCUAAGUUCCAUCAAAGAAAAAUGUCAACAAAAAAAAUAUUGUGAAUCAAUAGAAUUAGUUGAGCUUCAUCUUCCAUCUUUACCAAAUCUUCCUCCUCAUUACCAUACCACCAAUGGUCUCCCACCUCAUCUCAUGAACACACUCAAAACAGCUUUCGAAAAUGCCUCUCCAAAUUUUUCCAAAAUAUUACAAACUCUUAAUCCAGACUUAGUCAUUUAUGACUAUAAUCAGCCAUGGGCUGCUGACUCUGCUUCCUCUGUUAGCAUUCCUGCUGUGCAGUUCCUCACUUUUGGCGCGGCUGUUGUUUCUUUAGCCAUCCAUAUGUCUGAAGAUACGGAGGAUAAGUUCCCGUUUCCAGAAAUUUACCUGCAUGAGUACGAAAUGCUUUCAUUGAAGGAAGCUGUUAAAGAAGCACCGGGUAAUAAGUACUCAUUUGAUGAGGCUAUUAAGCUAUCGCGUGACAUUAUUCUGGUGAAAACUUGUAGAGAUUUUGAAGGGAAAUAUAUAGAUUAUCUUUCAAAUUUGGUUUCCAAGAAAAUAGUCCCCGUUGGUUCACUAGUUCAAGAAUCCAUUGCGCGAGAUGAUCAUGAUGAGGAGAUCAUGCAAUGGCUUGAUAAGAAAGAGAAAUGUUCAACUGUGUUUGUUUCAUUUGGGAGCGAGUAUUUUCUAUCCAAGGAAGACAUAUUUGCAGUAGCUCGAGGGCUAGAACGUAGCAAAGUGAACUUCAUUUGGGUUAUCAGGUUUCCACAAGGUGAAAGAAUAAGCAUUCAAGAUGCAUUACCAGAAGGGUAUCUUGAAAGGGUGGGAGAAAGAGGAAUGGUUAUCGAAGGAUGGGCUCCUCAAGCAACGAUUCUUCAACAUCCAUCGAUAGGUGGAUUCGUGAGUCACUGUGGAUGGAGUUCAUUCAUGGAAAGUAUGAAGUUUGGUGUGCCUAUAAUUGCCAUGCCAAUGCACAUUGAUCAACCAAUGAAUGCUAGGAUUGUGGAGUAUAUUAGGAUGGGAGUGGAAGCAGCGAGGGACGAGGAUGGUAAACUACAGAGCGAAGAGAUUGCAAACACGAUAAGGAAGGUGUUAGUUGAGGAAAGUGGGGAGGGAUGUGAGGAACAAAGCUAAGGAACUAAGUGAGAAGAUGAACGCGAAAGGGGAUGAAGAGAUGGAUGGAGUGGUGGAAGAGUUGGUGGCUCUUUGUA